CUCAAAGCCCGAUUCACACCAUCACCAAUUAGUACCACUAUCUAGUGGUUAUAGUAUAGUCUAAGAGAUGGCGCUAGUAAUCGCGUGUAUCCUAACUGCGUUCGUCUGGUGUGAAAAUGCCGCGUCAGUCAAGGCGAAAGUUUUGGAUACAGUCAUGCGUCCGAAGGUGCUGCCACUAGAAGAGACAUACGGAUGGCGAUGGAGACAGGUGGCGGAGAAGACACUACAGGAGAAACUGCAGGAGACGACCAAUAAGAACAAAGCCAGAAACGGCAUCUUGUUCAUCGGAGAUGGGAUGUCGGUAGCCACCAUAAUGGCAGCGCGGACGUACGGCGGUCAACUGGAGAACGGUUAUAAUGGAGAAGAAAAUGUUCUUGAGUUCGAGAAGUUCCCCAUUAUUGGAUUAGCUAGGACGUACUGCAUAGACGCCCAAGUCCCUGACUCGGCCUGUACGGCCACGUCGUACCUCACCGGCGUGAAGACCAAGUACGGUGUAAUUGGUCUGGACGGAAACGUGACCAGAGCUUCGUGCCACUCACAACUGUAUGAGAACAACUGGGCCAAGUCUAUUGGACAGUGGGCUUUGGACCAAGGGCUGGAUGUCGGCCUUGUGACCACAACCAGAGUUACCCACGCAUCGCCAGCGGGCAUGUACGCUCACACGUCUGAGAGGAACUGGGAGUCGGACGCUGACAUCCCUGACGAGUGCCUGGCACUGGGCUGCCAGGACAUCGCGCAGCAGCUGGUCUCUGGGGACCCUGGCAGGAGAUUCAAGGUCAUACUAGGGGGAGGACGCAAAGAGUUCCUCCCUAACAACACCAACCCACUAGUCAACAGUACUGGCAGGAGACUGGAUGGCGUGGACCUGAUUGAGAAGUGGCAUCAGGACAAGGUUCAGAGGGAGGUCACCCAUCAGUAUGUCAGCGACAAACAUGAACUGUUCAAGGUAUUCAGUGCUGAAGACCAGCCGGAGUAUCUCCUCGGGCUGUUCCACGAAGACCAUAUGGCCUACCAUCUAAAGUCUUCAGCCAGUCAGCCCACCCUGGAAGAGAUGACUGAAGCUGCCAUCAGAAUGCUCAGCAAAAAUAGCAAGGGAUACUUCCUUUUUGUUGAAGGUGGAAGAAUUGACCAUGCCCAUCACGACAGCCUGGCUCACCUAGCGUUAGACGAAACAGUGGAAUAUUCCAAAGCCGUCAAGAAAGCCAGGUUAAUGACCAACGAGGAAGACACUCUGAUCGUAGUCAGCUCAGACCACGCUCAUACCAUGACGGUGGCUGGUUAUCCAUCCAGAGGGAAUGAUAUACUGGGACUAGUUGAUACAGCUCAAGGGGAUGAUCGUAUUCCGUACACGACUAUCAGUUAUGCCAAUGGUAAAGCAGCAUCUAUUGGAGCAGAUGGGAGAAGGGUUGACGUCAGCCUGCAUCAGCAAUUUAUGUCAAGAGACGUCGACUACUCCUACCCAAGCUUAGUGCCACUUGACUCUGAGACGCACGGAGGUGAGGACGUAGCUGUCUUCGCAUCGGGACCUUGGCAGCAUCUCUUCACCUCCAGCUACGAACAAAACGCGAUACCACACCUAAUUGCCUAUGCCAUGUGCUUAACAGACAAUAAACAUGAAAAUUGUCAUCGAAAAGGCGGAUUCUUUUCAGGAAAUGCUGGAAGUAGGCCAGAUUUAAUACCAAUUGUUUUAAUUUUGACUGUGAUAGUUAGUUUAUUCCAUUAGAACAGUAUUUAAGGUGCCAAGAGCAGUGGUACCGGAAUAUAAGUAUUAUUGUGAGAUAGGUUAGUUAGUGAUUUAAAAAAAUAACAAGUUAAUCCAGUCUGAUUUACAAAAUAAAUCCACGGUCAAAUUUCCGAUCGGAUCCACUAUAAAAUUAUAUUAUUCUGGUAUGAUUGUAUAUUGCAACCCUGAACGGGAGAAUUUAUGAAGAAAUUAUGAGGAUCCGAGCGGAACAACAAAAAAUUUCUGCGUUAGAAUUAAUAGAUGCAAUUAUAAUAAGAAUACAGUUGUUGUUAAAAUAAAUACGAUAGAAUUAACUAUAUUUCAACAACAAAAAGAUGAAACAGAUAAAUAGAGGGUGUUACAAAGUAAAUUUUAAUAAGUAGGUGCCAGUGUGCGUAGUGAGACUUUGCUAUUCACAUCAUUCAAUCGAGUCGAUUCGCGGUGAGACGCAGCUAACCAAUCACAGUGCGCCAUUGUGACGCAACGACAACCACACCGCAAUGUGGUUGGUCCACUGCGUCUCACUCCGAAAACUUUCGAUGGUCGAUAUCAAAAAGCAAAACCGCACUACGGCGUCAAUUAUUUAAUAAAUUAAUAAAAAGCGAGGCUUACUUCUUUGAGGUUAAUAGUCGUAAAAGAUGUUCCUAAUCUAUAAAUAGGAAUCGAAUGGAUGGUUACUUACUGUAAAUACGUAAUUUUAAGGCUAGUUACACUAGCUACUGAUAAAAGUAGGCGAACCCAAGGCUCUCACACUCUGGGGCUGUGGAAAUCAACCGAGUGAGAGACACUAUAGACAGUGUCUCUCACUCACACUUAACAUAACUUUUUUAUUUAACAAUUGUGUAGACACAAUUGUAGAUAAUAAAAAAGUUAUGUUUCGCCAAAGCAUGUAAAAUUUUUGAUCGGACAAGUCUACGAAAAGUUCUAUAGCUUGUCUUUUUGUGUAUAAAUCGAAAUAUUAGAAUUGCCAUUGCAAUGUAUAUAUAAAAAAUAUGUUAUGUACAGAUAAGGUCAUGUGAAAGAGUCGUAUUAAAAUACGACGAAUAUAAAUAUUCAAAUAAAAAAAAUACAAUACAGUUAUAAACCGGCUCAGUGAGAAUCGGACUAGCGCACGAAGGGUUCCGUACCAUUAUCUAUAAAAUGUAUCUAUAAAAACGGCAAAAACGUGUUUGUUGUAUGAGAGCCCCCAUAUAUUUUAUUUUAUUUUAUUCUAUUGUUUUGUAUUUGUUAUAUACACUACACAACAGGUAUUAAACGCGCACAUACCUUUUUAUUCCUGUUGUUUAGAUAUAAUUAUGCAACGCGAAAGUUUAAAAGUAAUUGUAUUUAUUCUUAUAGCGGCAAUAGAAAAACUACGAAAAUUUCAGCUGUCCAUCACGGUUCAUGAGAUAUACCUUGGUGACAGACAGACGAACAGCAGAAUCUUAGUUCUCCCUUUAACUGCACACAACCUGGCUUGUGAAGUUUACAAGACAUUUAGUACAUAUUUUAGGUACUUCGAAAAUUAUGCAUUCAGAAACGUGCCCACUUAAAAAAAUAUGCACUUCCCAAAUUAUUGUACAGUCAACAGCACACCAACCUACCCAAAUUAAUUAAUUGCAAACUCGCUGCUAUUACCGCGCCAUAGAGGUUCAUGCAUCGUGACUUGAUGUGCUGUUCAUUGUACUGAGAAAAGAGAGUAUUGUCCAUUUGCGAACAGCCAGUUUUGCGAAUUUUAAAUUACGCGUCAUACCUGUUAAUUUAUCAUAAUUAAUAGAUAAGUCUUCUUAGUUCUUUUGAAGUAGUUCAUUUGAAAAAUAUAUUUUAUUUGCAUUACACAUUGUGGUCAAUUUUAAAAUGUAAUUUGUAACUUACUGAUCAUUUCAUUCUAAUUAGGGUAUGAUUGGUCAAGUCUGAAAUCUGUUUUGAUUCGUCAAGCGAAUUUUUUCAAUAUACUUUUUUUUUUCAAUUCCGUCAAAUAAUAAAAAAGUUAUGUUUCGCCAAAGCAUGUAUUUUGAUUGGACAUGUCUACGAAAAGUUCUAUGGCUUGUCUUUUUGUGUAUAAAUCGAAAUAUUAAAAUUAGGUAUUCGAUUUUUUUUUGUCUGUAUGUUAUUUAUUUAUUUCACGUAUUGUUGUAUCAUGCAUAAUAAGUAUGUAUACCAAAACAAAACAAAAUUAAAUACAUGUUCUGAAAAUUUA